AUGAACAGCUUUGAACAGCAGUCCUCAUCUCUAGUUCCGUUCAAUCAUGCUGAUAGUAUUAUCAUUGGUCUAGACUAUGGGACAACAAGCACUGGAGUCUGCAUCAUCAUAUGUUCGGAUGGAAAGGAAAAAAACGCUUCAUCACAUGGCCAGGAGAUGACGGAGCGCUCAAGCGAAGCGGCCUCCUCCGGUUCUCCUUACCGAUCCCUCUAUCGUGCUGGCGAUAAGCAACCGACAGAUGUCAUUUCGGAUUACCUGCAUCAUGUGUUGAACUAUGUGGGAAGAGAUCUGAAACCAGAAAUCAAUUCACUGCUCAUCCAUCUUCAAUUCACCUUUCCCGCAUCCUGGUCCAGACAAGCCAAGGGGUUGAUUGAAGCGGCCGUGAAUCAGGCAUGGAAAUUCAGAAGACCGCAGGAUGAGCUGAGUUCGAUGUCCGAGCCGGAGGCAGCUGCGGAGAGCGUCCAUCAUAUGCUCAAGGGCACACUCAACCGUGGAGAUACAAUUCUGGUUUGCGACUGUGGAGGUGGAACAGUGGAUAUCGCAACCUACAAUGUCGAUCAUUAUGCCGAAUUUGACCUGUCAAUGAUUCAAUCAAUCCAAGGCGCCAAAUGUGGCGGUGCCGCUAUUGACUGCCGCCUUUUUGACCUCAUGAAACAGCAACUCUCAACAUCUGCAUUUGAAGGCCUGAACCACCUUAUUGCCCCAAGAAGCCCUUUCAUGAUGGAGUUCAAAAAGGUCAAAAUGUCAUUCGGCUCUCACUUCGCUCACGGGCUGUUUCACCUUCCCCUCCCUUUGCGAAGGGGUCGGGCGACCUGCAAUUUUGACCCUGAAGGUGACAUCUUUACCCUGAAAAGGCAAGAUGUCCAAUCCCUUUUUGACCCGGUUGUCAGAAAAAUUGCCACGUUGAUCAAGUCACAGAUCAAAGAAGCCGCGAGCAAAAAGCCAGGAUCGAUGAUCAACGCGGACUUGUGCUGUCUCCCUACACUUAAGCCAACCUUCGUCGUCUUCUUGAGCUGCCUGAGAAACGAUCACAUCCGGGCAGUUUGUGACGGGGCGGCACAAGCCGUGAAACGGGCUCACGCUGCUCAACGAGAGAUGGCUCCACUGCAGUUCAGAAUUAAAUGGGUGAUCCGUAAGGGAGCUGAAUUUCAAUUCGGAGAAGUCCUUUCUCAUGAGUUUUCUGCCUUGUACUACGACGGCAAUCCCAAGGAGAUGGUGAUUCCUAUCUAUUCUUGCAGAGAACUUUAUGAGUCCUUCCAUGGCCCUGGUAAACAGACUGAUUUAUCAAUCGAUGGGAACAUUCCUUUUAGUCUGGCCUUUUCGGAUUUGAGCCAGGCUCCUUGCCAACUGGAUGCCAACAAUCGGCUGGUCUACGAGAUAAAUUUCACAGUCCGUUUCUCAUUUGCGAUUAAUCGCGCUCUCAAUUUCAGGGUGUAUGUAUUCGAACAGCAAAUUGGUCUCUGGAGCAUCCCCAUCAGUAAGGCCAAUUAG